UUGCGCACAACGUUCAGGCCGCUCUGCUGCGCUGUACGGAGUGGUUUUGAGAACCCUGCUGAGAAAACUGCACAGGAAGCGCCAACUACACCAGUUGGAUCCACUGAAAUACCUAAAGAUCUGCCAUCUACCAAAACACCUCAAUUUCACCCGAUACCUAUUAAUAAUAAUUUUUCUUUCCAAGAUAAUGAUUUGAUGCCUACGAAUGACGAAAAUCUUCCACCACCAGAGAGCGUUUAUCUAAAUCCUAAACCCGGAUGUUCAUGGAUGCCCGAUUCUCCUCCACGUACCAUUGCCAACACAAAUUUUUCAAUUACGUCUCCAAAAGAUCUGAUUCCGUUGCCUAAAAUCAAUUCUGUAAUGAAAAGAGUUAUAAAGAAGCGCGGAAAAACCGCAAUCCUUACCGCCUCACCUUAUAAGAUUGAAUUAUAG